AUGGACACUAGUAUAGACCCUUCAAUCUCGGAACAAGUAUUCCACGUUCCUACGUCCCCGUCGGAAAACUCUCAAAAGAACGAAGAGAUAUCAAACAACGAACGAGAAGAACUACCUAAUGUGUUCCGGUUGAACGACUAUGUCGCAGAACACCAGGAUCAAUCACUGCUGCAACAUGAUCACAAUAGUGGAGAAGUAAAUACAACAGCUGCAGCUGCAUUAAAUAUGAUACACUAUGGCUUCGAGAACGAUAUUCCAACGGACACCACACACUCACAUGAUCAUGAUAUAGAUCUAACCCAGCAUCACAGCAUUAAUCAGUUCAGUGGAAUUGGUCUACCUUUUGACUCACUGCAACUGCUGCAGCAUCUUCAUCAACUUCCUCAACACCAAUCGAGACAGAUUCCAUUGGCUCAACGACAACCUGUAACCAUGAGCCGAAUGCAUGUAGUUCCUUACAGUCCAAAUGAGAAACCAAAAAGAUUAGGUAGACCUCGCCGACACAUUCACAACCACACUAUACCUGAAGAUAAUUCAAUCCAAAAUGUCAAUGAAUCCAUGGUGUCCAAAUUUAGAUUUGACUUUUUACCAAUUCAGGGUCCAGGGUCUCGUGGAGGUAAGUUGGGAGGAAGAAGAGCUCCAAGAGGAAGAAUACAGCUGACAAACAACUUGAACUCUGGUCUUGGUCCAAUUGAUGACAAUGCUAUCAUAAAUGUAGAUGGGAAUCGCCGAAGUAGUCGAAGAAAGACUAGCUCUCCAGCUGAUUUAUCUGAUCAUCAUGAGCCGAAGGAUAAUGACCAAACAGAAGAAGUUUCUAAUGGAAGCUCAACAAGCGAUGCUCCCGAAUUCUUAGAAGAAAAGGCUAUCCCAAUUUCAGCUUUAAAAAUUCAAGUCCAAAGUAAAAUCGCUAAACGAAAAGCGAACGAAUUAUGUUUAAGAGUUCUCGCUGACCAGACAAGAAAGCCUAAAAAGUUGGCAAUGUUUGCAUUAAAACCUAGUAGAACAACUGUUCUAGUAACAAAAAGUAAAAUAAUUAAGCUGUUACCUGGGCCAUUAAUUGGGCUCAGUUCAUCUUUAUAUGAUGAUAACGUAAUGCUAGCGAAGGAAAAUAAACUGAAAUCUACAAAAGAGAAAAUAGCUUUUGGAUAUCCUGUCUUAGCAGCACCGCACGCUAAAGACAUUUCCAUUAUAUUGAUGUUCCUUAAUAAAUACAAAGAUAUAGUAUUUGGAAAAGAAGUAUAUUACAUUGGACCUCAUGAUUUUGAAAUUGGGUUAAGUUUAACAAAAUAUUUUCAAGAAGGAGUCCCAGAUGAAGACGAUGAAUAUGUAAACUACAGGCUUAAAGAAGACAGUGAACCUUAUGACCGAAAUUUUGUGUCCCCGCUAAUGACGAUCUUAUUCUGUAAACUUCUUGGUUUAGUUCUCAAUAAGAAGAAAGAUAUCCUGUUGGUUUCACAAAAAGGUGCGAUUGGAGAGUUGAGAUCCCAAGUUAGCACAUUGGGUCUCCCGAAUGAAUGGACGAACACUUCAAAUGUGCUAAAAAAGCCUCUGGAGGUAGUAAAUAAUGAUGAAGAAAAUGAAAGAGAUGAAAAGCCUGUUGAUACCAACAGUCCUGAGAUACUUGAAACUGAAAAAUAUUCCUAUCAAGAACCAAUAGCCAUAUAUAAUCCAUUCAGAGAUGCAGAAUUCGAGAAGAGUGGACUAAAGGCGCUUACGCCUGUAAAUAGAUUGAUAAUGCUUCGUACUUUAGUCCAAUGGUCAAUCUCCAAUUCUGAAUCAUUGAAAUCCUACAUAAACGAGAAUGCAAGCUAUCAAGAUGUUGGAGGAGAAAGAUCAACUUACUAUGUUGCAAGGUCUAUAACCAAGGGAUUCAAGAAUGCAGAAGACGCCUCUAAGGAAGCAGAACUUAGAAUUAGCAAAAGAAGUGCUAAUAAGAAAGCUUCUACAGAGCCCAAUGAUCCUAAGGGAGAAGAAAUUGAAAGUGUAACUAAGUAUGUUGACCCGCUCUCUGAUCCAUUAUCACAUCCACUUCGCUGGAGGAUAGAUGACAUGUGCAUAGCAGAUAUCGGUUUCAACGUAGGUAGAUUUUACCUCUGCCGUAUGGCUGACGCCGAUGGUGGGGGUUUAUCUUCCUUACGCAAAAUGAAAAAUGUCUACACUAACUUCCGAGAACUUAAAGAUAUUCCAUCGUCUUUCAAAUUGUAUGUUGAAGAUGUACAUCAAAUGAUUGUAGAGGACUUCACCAAAUACGGUAUCGAAUUUGAUGAAAGGGGAAAUGAAGUGGAAUCAACUCACCCAUUUGAGCAGCUGACCUCAAAUUGGUAUGAAGUAGCUGGAAAUGCAGCGGAGUUAAAAACUUUUAUCGACUAUGUCUCUGAGAAAUUGAAGCUGCUUCCAUCGUCCUUGCACAAGCAAUCCACGAAUUUUGUCACCCUCUUGUCCUUUAUUGAACCUUUAAUUACAAAUCAAGAGUCGGCUAUGAUAGGAGUGACUACUGAAAGAAUUACCAGGAAACGGGAGGAAAUUAAUUAUAAUGAUAUUUCCAAUUCUACAAAAUUGGAAGAGGAUGAGGAUUCACAAGGCGAAGAAUACUUAGAAGAAGUCGAAGAUGUGGACAUGGAAGAUGAAGAUUACCUGGAAUGA